AUGCAGAUGCGUUCAUGUAAUACUCAUGUGAAAGAAUUCGUAGGAGAGUUUAUAGGAACAUUUGUGUUGAUGUUUUUUGGGGAAGGUUCAACAGCAAAUUAUCUUACAGUUGAAAGCGCAAAAGAUUGGUUAAGAUUAUGUAUAGGAUGGAGUUUAGGUGUAUUUUUUGGAAUUUUAGUAUCAGCCAAACUAAGCGGUGCACAUUUAAAUUUAGCAGUGUCAAUAGGAUUAGCAAGUAUUAAAAAGUUUGAAUAUGUGAAAAUACCUUUAUAUUUUUUAGCACAACUACUAGGAUCCUUUUUAGCUACAUCAUCAGUAUAUGGAUUAUAUCAUGGUUUUGGAAUUAAUAAAAUUCCUGAAUAUUCAUGGGAGACGUCUAGAAAUGCGGCUGUUAGUAUUCCAAGUGCUUUUAUUCAUGAAUUAAUAUUAACGGGAAUAUUAUUAUUUGUAAUAUUAGUUGUAACUAAUGAAACAAUAUGUGGAGAAUUCCAUGUUUUGAAAGUUAGUGGAGUAGUUGGAUUAACCAUUUUAUGUAUUGGUUUAAGUUUUGGUGGUAAUACAGGUUUUGCUCUUAAUCCUUCAAGAGAUUUAGGUGCUAGAUUCCUUUCGUUAAUUGCUUAUGGAACAGAUGCAUUUACAAAAGAUAGCUUUUAUUUUUGGAUUCCUCUUACUGCUCCAAUUGUAGGAGCUGUAAUUUUUUGUCAAUUUUUCGAUAAAAUAAUUUUCCCAUUAGUAGAAAUGGUAGAAGACAAUAAAGGUGUAGCAGAGGUAUAA